AUGUCUGCCUCGUUAGCACCCGAAUGCAAUGAAGUCAAGGAACGCUACGACACGUGCUUCCUGAAAUGGUACAGCGAAAAGUACCUGAGGGGCACCGGCACGGAUAACAAUGAGUGCGCCGACUUGUUCAAGAACUACCAAAAGUGCCUGACGGUGGCGUUGAAGGAACGCGGAAUAGACAAGCUUCUGGAUGAGGCACGGGAGGACAGCAAAGAGAGCGACGCGACGUACUUGGGCCGCAAAUGUGGCAUCAUCGUUAUGCUGUUGCAAAGGUACACUGCAAUGUACUUGGCAGCACUGCCAACGGCAAAGAUUGAGAUCAGCCCGGGUCUCCAUCAACGCAAUGCAUACUGCGAGAAGAUCUGA